CAUGGCUUUCCUGGAGGAUGGGAACCACACUGCAGUGACAGAAUUCAUUUUAUUGGGCUUAACAGAUGACCCGGUCCUUAGAGUCAUCCUCUUCAUCAUCAUCCUGUGCAUCUACCUGGUGACUGUGUGUGGGAACCUCAGCACUAUCCUUCUCAUCAGAGUCUCUUCCCAGCUUCAUCACCCCAUGUACUUUUUUCUCAGUCACUUGGCUUCUACUGACAUAGGCUAUUCAUCUUCUGUCACACCCAAUAUGCUUGUCAAUUUCUUGGUAAAUCAAAAUACCAUCUCAUACCUUGGAUGUUCUAUACAGCUUGGCUCUGGUGCCUUUUUUGGGACAAUUGAAUGCUUCCUUCUGGCUGCCAUGGCUUAUGAUCGCUUUGUAGCAAUUUGUAACCCAUUGCUUUAUUCAAACAAAAUGUCUACACAAGUCUGUAUCCAGCUAGUUGUAGGAUCUUACAUAGGGGGUUUUCUUAAUGCUUCCUCCUUCACCAUUUCCUUCUUUUCUUUUCUCUUUUGUGGACCAAACAGAAUCAAUCACUUUUUCUGUGAUUUUGCUCCUUUAGUUGAACUCUCCUGUUCUGAUGUCAGUGUCUCUGCAGUUGUUACCUCUUUUUCUACUGGAUCAGUAACCAUGAUCACAGUGUUUGUCAUUGCUAUCUCCUAUACCUACAUCCUCAUCACCAUCCUGAAGAUGCGCUCCACCGAGAGCCGCCAAAAGGCCUUCUCCACCUGCACCUCCCACCUCACUGCAGUCACUCUGUUCUAUGGGACCAUCACAUUCAUUUAUGUGAUGCCCAAGUCCAGCUACUCCACAGACCAGAACAAGGUGGUGUCUGUGUUCUACCUGGUGGUGAUCCCCAUGUUGAACCCCCUCAUCUACAGCCUCAGGAACAAUGAAAUUAAGAGUGCUCUGAAGAGACAGCUUGGUAAGAAAAUAUUUUCUUAG